AUGUCACCUAUAAAUGCCCUAUAAAUGGAGCAAGGCUUCAGGUGCAUCUGAACAACUUAUCUGCAUCGAUACCCAGUGCUACAAACAUGGCUGUCUCAGUGCUUCGGCUGACAACUGUCUUGGGACUGCUUGCCUUACUCCUGAUUUGCCAGGCUGAUGACAAACCAGGUGACAAACCAGACAGCUCAAGCAAAAAACCAGAGCCAGAGUUCCCCAAAUUCCUAAACCUCUUGGGCACGGAGAUCAUUGAGAAUGCGGUGGAGUUCAUUCUCCGUUCCAUGAUGAGGAGCACAGAUUAUAUGGAAUUUGGUGAUAAGCGAGAAGAACAUUCAUCAUAGUGACUUCCCCAGAUUCCACAUAUGAGCGAUCUCAUAUGGUAUUUCUGCACAGCAAAGGAAACCAGAAGUAAAACAAGAAGACAACCUACGGAAUGGGAAGAAAUUUUUGCAAAUGAAACCGACAAAGGCUUGAUCUCCAGAAUAUAUAAGCAGCUCAUACGACUCAAUAAGAAAAAAAAUAAACAACCCAAUCCAAAAAUGCACACAAGACCUAAACAAGCAAUUCUCCAAGGAAGACAUACAAAUGAUCAAAAGGCACAUGAAAAAAUGCUCAAUAUCACUAAUUAUCGGAGAAAUGCAAAUCAAAACUACAAUGAGGUAUCACCUCACACCAGUCAG